GCGUCUAAGAGGAAACCCAAAUCGCUCACGAGGCACCUUCCAUGUUGGUGUCGUGUCCUCUCUACACAGUUUCUUAUAAAAAACAGAGCCCGUGAGAUAGAGUGAGAGUGUGUGGAAAUGGCGACUAGGGUUUCGAUCUGCUUGUUUGUAUUGGCUUUUGCCUUCUCAAUCUUAGCUUCGUCUCCGGUGAAGAUCUCGGCUGCGGAGGAUGAAGCUAAAGAGUUCGUCCUCACUUUGACGCACUCUAACUUCUCUGACAUUGUCAGUAAGCACGACUUCAUCGUCGUUGAGUUCUACGCUCCAUGGUGCGGCCACUGUAAGAAAAUUGCACCUGAGUAUGAGAAGGCUGCUUCUAUACUGAGUAGUCAUGACCCUCCAAUUAUUCUUGCCAAAGUUGAUGCCAAUGAUGAUGCAAACAAAGAGCUUGCAUCAGAAUUUGAGAUUAGGGGCUUCCCAACUCUUAAGAUUUUGAGAAAUGGAGGGAAAUCUAUUGAAGAGUACAAAGGUCCUCGUGAGGCCGAUGGUAUUGUUGAGUAUCUGAAGAAACAAAGUGGUCCUGCUUCUGCUGAGAUAAAAUCUGCUGAAGAUGCUAGCAGUCUUAUCGUUGACAAUAAAAUUGUCAUUGUUGGAGUGUUCCCAAAGUUUUCUGGAGAGGAAUUUGAGAACUUCACGGCUGUAGCUGAGAAAUUUCGCUCUGACUAUGAUUUUGUUCAUACUUCGGAUGCCAAAUUCCUUCCUCGUGGGGAAUCAUCAGUGACUGGCCCCUUGGUUAGGCUGUUGAAGCCAUUUGAUGAACUCUUUGUUGAUUUCCAGGAUUUUCAUGUUGAUGCUCUGGAGAAGUUUGUUGAGGAAUCCAGUGUGCCUAUUGUCACACUCUUUAACAAGGAUCCUAGCAACCACCCUUUUGUUAUCAAAUUCUUCAAUGGUCCCAAUGCCAAGGCCAUGCUGUUUCUAGACCACAGCAGUGAGCUUUUUGACGCUUUUAAGUCAAAGUAUCAUGAAGUUGCUGAACAAUACAAAGGAAAAGGCAUAAACUUCCUCCUGGGAGAUCUUGAAGCUAGUCAAGGUGCUUUCCAGUAUUUUGGACUUAAGGACGACCAGGUGCCUCUCAUCGUUAUACAAACCAAUGAUGGACAGAAAUAUCUGAAACCUAAUUUGGAGCCUGACCAUAUUGCACCUUGGGUGAAGGAAUACCAGGAUGGCAAAGUGCUACCAUACAAAAAAUCCGAACCUAUCCCUGAAGUCAACAAUGAACCUGUGAAGGUGGUCGUAGCUGAUACCCUCCAGGAAAUAGUUUUUAACUCUGGAAAAAAUGUUCUGGUGGAGUUUUAUGCUCCUUGGUGUGGGCAUUGCAAAAAAUUGGCUCCAAUCUUGGAUGAAGUUGCUAUCUCCUUUGAAAAUGAUGCUGAUGUGGUCAUUGCAAAGCUGGAUGCAACUGCAAAUGAUAUCCCAAAUGACACUUUCGAUGUGAAAGGAUACCCAACUCUGUACUUUAAGUCUGCUAGCGGAAACAUCUCGCAGUAUGAAGGGGAUAGGUCGAAGGAAGACAUCAUUGAGUUCAUUAAGAAGAAUCGGGAUAAGGCUGCUCAGCAAGAAGGCUCAAAAGAUGAGCUGUGAUGAGGUAAAAGUCACAGUUUGUUGCUGACUUCCUCUUCCAUAAUCAUUCUAGGGAAUGUUGGGUUUACCCUCUUUUUCCAGAUUGCUGGGGAGGUUUUGAAAUUGAUUCAUUUUCCUUAAAUGCAGUGAGGGCAUCCUUGUCAUCUGUGAAGAAGAUACAAACAUUUCCCAGUUGGGUACUACUGGUGGCGACUAUUAUACAAAAACGAUCCAUGGAUGAAGGCCUGAUCUCUCUCCCUCUCUGCAUUCCUCCUUACCACCAUUCUCUCUUUCAGUUGAAGUUUUUAUUUUUAAAGUUAGAAUAAAAUGGGAGGGGUUCGUCUGGCUCUAGUAGCUGCAGUAGUUUUCGGUUUCCAGUUUUGAUGAUAUUACUAUAGUUUACAGUGUAACAAUUAUGUGCCUGUAUCUGCUCUAAUUUAGAAGUAAUAUUUCUGGUACUAAGAUUUUCUUAUAUUGCCAGUGAAUAUAUUUAUGUGUUUUUGGUCUA